AUGGGCGAUAAGCGCAAACUCGUGCAGGAUGAGGUGAUCGAGCCUGAGGGCAAGAAGAUGAAGAAGGAGAAGAAAGACAAGAAAGACAAGAAGGAGAAGAAGGAGAAGCGCAAGUUGGAUGAAGAGUCUGAGGUUGUUGCUCCUGCCGAAACUGCUGCCCUGGCACAGGAAGAGGUGAAGGAGAAGAAGGAAAAGAAGGAAAAGAAGGGAAAGAAGGAGAAGAAGGAGAAGAAGGAGAAGAAGAACAAGUCCGAAAAGGAGGAGCCCAAGGCCGAGGAGGCCGAUGCUAAGCCUGCUCCUCCCUCCGAAGACGCUAUGGAUGUUGACGUGACCCCUGCCGAGAAGGUGGACGCCGAUAAGAAGGAGAAGAAGGACAAGAAGAAGGAGAAAAAAGAGAAAAAGCAGAAGAAGGAAAAGAAGGAGACCGCUGAACCCGUGGCUAAGACCGAAGAAGAACCUACUACUGAAUCCGCGGAGGCUGAGCAAGCCCCAAAGAGUUCCCGCUUCAUCUGCUUUGUCGGCAACCUUCCCUACUCCGCCAACCAUGAGUCCUUGAGCAAGCACUUCGAGAAGAACCCCCCGGCCACAAUCCGCGUCGCCACCAAGAAAGAAGCCCCCACUAAAUGCCGCGGCUUUGCAUUCAUUGAGUUUGACAACUAUGACCGCAUGAAGACUUGCCUCAAGCUGUACCACCACUCCACCUUCGACGACGGAAAGUACCCUCCCCGACGCAUGAACGUCGAGCUGACUGCUGGCGGCGGCGGCGCUAAGUCCGAACAUCGCAAUGCUAAGAUCCAGGCCAAGAACGAGAAGCUUAACGAGGAGCGCCAGCGCCAGGCCAAGGAUAUCCAGAAGGAUAAGAGGAAGCACGAGAAGAAGGCUGCCCCGGCUGGCGGCUCUGGUGCCAACGCUGCUACCAUGGACGGCGCAGCUGACAACUCUGCCAGCGCUGACAACGAUCAGUGGGCUGGUCUGCACCCUAGCCGUAGAGGCCGUGUUUAA